ACUGUGAGGAAACCCUGACUGAAGCUACGGGAACCCUGUCUCCUCCAAUAGUUGAUGGAAACUACACUGAUCAAGUUCUCUGUGAUUGGAGUCUAGAGACACAGGGUGACAAAACUAUUGUGAUGGAGAUUCCUGAAUAUUAUAUUGAAGGAGCACCAGGGUGUCCAUAUGAUAAACUGUCAAUCAAAAGUGGCUCUGGUGGGGAUGUGAAGAACUCGAAGGCCUACUGUGGUGUUAAACGUGAACCUACGAUGUUUGCUACAUCUUUUCACAACACUCAUGUUUACUUCAAGACUGACAGUCAUAUUACAGAUAGAGGAUUUAAUCUAACCUACAGAACUAUGGACUGCGGAGGAAUCGUUCAGGGGCCACGAGAAGAAUUAUUAUCCCCUAACUACCCUAAUAGUUAUCCAGACGAAGCCAGAUGCAUCUGGAGACUUCACUUUCCUGAUUCAACACAGAUAAAGUUUGAUAUUGUGAGUUUGAACCUGGAAUCAUCUUGUCAAAAUGAUAAUCUAACUAUUUACAAUGGAGAUCAUUCCACAUCUCCUGUACUCUGGAGAGGUUGUGGUAGCUCUCCACCCAACACUCCCCUGAUAUCCAUGUCCAACAUGGUUGUGGUGGACUUCUCCUCCAACCUUGGUGGCUCUGGGUCCGGGUUCAGGAUUGUUGCAGAGGAGAUUUCCUCAGGGUGUGGAGGAAUACUACACGGAAUGGAAGGGAAUAUAUCCUCUCCUCGACAAGAUGGGUCAACAAAAUAUCCAAACUCUGCAGAAUGUAUCUGGGAGAUAAGAUCAGAUCCUGGUUACUCAAUGAAUUUUGAUUUUAUCGGCAGAUUUGAUCUAGAACAAUCGCAAGGUUGUAUAAAUGACUAUGUCGAAGUACAGCACUGGGAUCCACAGAAUAACAGAUGGGUUUCAUCUAGCGCCAAGCUUUGUGGAAGACUAACUCCGGAUAAUGUGACUGUUCCUGAAAAUCUAGCCAGAGUUAUUUUCCACUCCAAUGAAAAUACGAACGGAGAUGGAUUUCAGUUACACUGGAAGCUUGAGUGCGGAGGGAUAUUCACCUCAGCUGUGGGUCAGCUCAGUUCCCCUGGCUACCCAGCUGGGUAUGGACCUGGCUUGACCUGCAAGUAUACGAUACAAGCUCCAGAACUAGAUUACGUCGUGGCAACCUUUGAUGAUUUAUUCCAACUAGAGAACGGAAGAGGAGGAGCAUGCAUCUAUGACUCCCUAACUCUAAAAGAGGUUCCCAGUAAUAUAUCUAAAGGAGUAUAUUGUGGAGAAGAUAAGCCUGUAGCUAUAUCUGCAAGAGGUAACCUGGAGUUAACUUUCAAAACAGAUUCCACAGUACAGAAAUCAGGAUUCAGGAUGACCUGGCUACUACAUGAGUGUGGUGGGAAUAUGACUGAAGAAGGAAAUAUACAGUCCCCUGUACAUCCUGAUAAUUACUUCCAUAAUACAAACUGUACUUGGAGUAUACAAGCACCAAGAGAUCAGGCAGUAGAGAUCAAGUUUGAUAUGCUAGAGUUAGAGCCUCAUAGAGAUUGCAACUAUGAUUACGUUGCUGUAUUUGAAGGAGCCUUUAUCAAUAACUCGAGAUUGAUUGGUAAAUACUGUGGUAAUCAAACCACUGUGCCUCCAAUCCUGAAGUCGACUGGAAACCUUGUCACAUUACAGUUUAAAACAGAUAGAACAAUCAGCUAUGGAGGGUUCAGGGCAGUCACCAGGUUUACUUAUGGAGCAAACCAAGGUUGUGGAGGGAAAGUUAACACAACAACAGGGCGUCAAGAAAUUUCCUCUUUGGACGCAAAUGCAGAUGGAUUAUACGAACCAAAUCUAAACUGCCAUUGGACCGUAGUUGGAGAAGAUUUUAAAAAUAUUAAACUCAGGUUUACCUCCUUUGAUUUGGAGUUGAGAGAGAACGGUUCUAACCCUGAGUGCUGGGACUAUGUGGAGGUUCGAGAUGGAACAGGACCCUUUUCCCCUUUGAUCGGAAGAUAUUGCGGAAAUAGUUCCCCAGGGGAUCUCUCAGCUUCAUCUAACUUUAUGUGGAUUAAAUUCUUCUCAGAUGGAACUAACAGUAGAGCCGGGUUUACAGCUGUUCUAACCUCUGAGACCCCGCUGUGUGGAACCCAUACUGUACUCAAUGCUACACAAGAACCAAAUAUAAUUACUUCACCAAGUUUUGGAUCGUAUCCUAUCAAUGCCAGGUGUAUUUGGACUAUUUCAGCGGCACCUAGAACCACAAUUCAAAUAAGGUUUCUCCUGAUGGAUUUAGAGGAGAGUACUCGGUGUAGAAAGGAUAAAGUGGUUCUAGAAGAUGCUGGAUAUACAGAUAAUUCACUAGCAAACCAGGAGGCUGGAGGUGCUCUUGUACUGUCCUCAGCCUCAAGCAGAGAAGCUGACUAUAGAUGGAGAACUCUGUACUUGAAGCAAAGAGUAGAAUACUGUGGUUCACAAACUCCUCCAGAGUUUACAUCUAUCGGAGAUACAGUCAAGAUAUCUUUCAUCUCAGAUGGGUCAAUCACAAGAUCAGGAUUCCGCCUUGAAUAUCAGACUCCUGGCUGCUCAAGAUCUUACGAGUCAACAAACGGAAGAAUUUUCAGUCCAAACUUCCCCAACACAAUGAGAACUUUGUGGUUACGCUAUACCUGAUACUUUACAUUCAAGCGGUUCCCAACUUUGGUUUGGUUUGGUGGUGAACAGCACAGCUUCCAUG